AAAUGUCAAAAAUAAAAACGUCAAUAAUCUCAUAAAAGGCCACUUUGGCCAUUUUUCAUAAUGAAUUAUAAUAUAAAUUAUUGAUUUUUAGCACAAAGGUGUUGGUUAGGUAUGUCUAGUGAAUAGUAGAAUAAGAUUUUUAGGUUUACAGAUGAAAUGUGUGCGAAGUGGCAGCUGCUAUAACUUAAGUUGUGAAUUUUCGGUGAUAAAGUUAUGUUAUAGAUAACUAGGUUAACUAAAUCUAAGCAACAAUGGCAGCUCUAGACGUAAAGAUAAAAUAUGAAAACGAUGAUAAAAAAGAGGUUAAGGUUAAAAUAGAGAAUGAAGAAUCAAGAAAAGAUCCUACCUCAUUUCUGCCUGAAGAGCCAAUGUCUUAUGAAAUUAAGAAGAAGAAGAAAAAAAAGAAGCGGGUGCAAGAAGAUCCAUUUAAGGAUAUUGAUGACAAAAUGGGAUGUAAAAUUGAACCUAUGAGUCUUUUGGACCCUGAAGUUAAAAUUAAAGUAGAAGAUAUUGAAGUGGAGUUGGAUUUUAAUGAUUUUGGUGACACCGGCCUCGUAGAAGGUCCCCACAGUGAGGAGAGUCAAGAGCCAACCGUUAAGAUAGAGCCAAAUAACCACGAGGCAGUUCUCCUCACAUUCGAGAGCGUUAUCAGCCAAAACUCGCUCUUAGACAGCUCAGGAAUUUACCCUUACAAGUCUAACCUGCCCACACAGCUCGCCCCUACUCACGUGUGCAAAGUCUGCCAUCUAGUCUUUCAGUCCCAGAAAACACUCCGCAUGCAUCAGAAAAGAAAACACAAGUCAUUCAGGAAAUACUUCAAACAUAUAUGCGAUUACUGCGGAAUGUCCUAUGAAAUGAAGAACAGUUUAGUCGCUCAUAUAAAGAGAAAACAUGGACCGGACUCCUUGCCUGAUGACCGGGAAGAAAGGACUUGUGACAUCUGUGCUCUAGUCUUUAAAGGCAUGACCCGGUUAAGAAUGCAUAUGAGAAGAAAACAUGGAGCUUUCCAGGAUUCCUUCAAACAUGUUUGCGAUGACUGCGGAUUAACUUAUGAUAAGUACAGGAGUUUGAUCGUCCAUAUACAGCGUAAACAUUCUCAUGAGAAGAAACCUGAGAUCAGUCAGUGGUAUAACUGCCCAUUCUGUCCCAAAAUGUUUACUAAAAGGGAAACUUAUGCCCGACACGUGCAGAGAAAACACCAUGUUUCGGAAGAAAAUGUCCAGGAGGAAGCUGAAUAUUUCCGGAGCUGUAAGAAUGAGGAAACUGGUGAAAUCACGUGCAAGGAAUGCCCUCUAGUCUUUUCUUCGAUUAACUACUUGAAACUGCACAUGAGGAGAAAGCAUAACGCGUUGAGAGAAGACUUUAGAUUGAAGUGUCGGAUUUGCAACUUGUCGUACGACAAGAUUGAGAGUUUGAAGAGACACGUGCGAAGGAAACACGACAAGGGGUCACACUGUGAAGUUUGCAACAAGCAGUUUGAUACCCGAGAGCUAUAUCUCAACCAUUCGCACAUGAAGGAGAUAAAAGAGUGCAAUAUAUGCGGACUGAUCUUCGCAUCACAGGGCGGUCUAGCAAAACAUCUUCGGUGUACCCACAAGAUUGCCUCCCCUAAAAUAGUCUUCUGCAACAUAUGUAACGAAGGUUUCCACGACAAACGGCAGCUGAAACCGCAUUUAAUGAAAGUGCAUUUAAAAGUAUCCUACACAUGUAAAUACUGUAAAAAAGUUUUUAAAGCUAAAGAGAGUUAUCGACGUCACAUAUUUGUUAAACACCCUAGUGUUAAUCAUUAUAGUGGUCAGUUGCAAAAGUGUGACCAAUGUAGCGAGACAUUUAAGGACGAAUUUGAUUUAUGUAAACAUAUAAAUGUUGUUCACGGUAAAACUGAUGACUCAAAGGAAGAAAGAGCAGCUGUAGACAUUAAAAAUGAAGACCCGGAUAUAAAGAAUCAUUUCCAGUGCACAAAAUGUCCUGAAAUAUUUAUGGCAUGGGAUCAGUUAAAGUUACAUUAUGAAGCCAAUCAUCAUAACGUUGAAGAAACUCAGUGUCAAAUAUGUGGACAAAUUUUACCCGGUAACGAAUUACAGAAACAUAUUAAAGCUCUCCACACAGAUACAGAAAUGCAGUGUAAAUACUGUGAAUUUAAAACAAAUGUUAGAGUAAGUUUAACGCAACACAUGUUAAGGCAUAAGAACGCUGAGACCAUACAUUGUGACUACACCGGUUGUAAAUAUAAAACGUUCUACGAAGGUGCUAUGGAAAAACAUAAGAGGAAGCAUGCGGAUCAAGGAGUCAAACUCCAAUGUACGCAGUGCCCGUUCCAAACGAUGAAUAAGUACAUACUGAAGUACCAUGAGGAAGCUCAUGAAACCGGUAAGAAACGGUAUAUGUGUGACCAAUGCGAAUAUGCAACGAUACUGCCCGCUAACCUUGUGCAGCAUAAAUACAAGCAUUCUACAGAAAAGCGGUUUAAAUGUGAAGUGUGCCCUUUUGCAACUAAAUACAAUACUUCUUUACGGUUCCACGUUAGGAAAAAACACUGUGAUCUCCCAACUUUCAGCUAAAUAUUGAUGUUUUUUUAUAAUUAAGAUUAAAGUAUUUGGUGUUAUUUA